AAUUUCGUUGACAGAUUCAGACAGCCAUGCUGGGUUGACUUUUCCCUCGUUUUACUAGCUAAGGCCACUGCACAGAUCGGAUUUCCGGACACAAUAACAAACACAAUCAAAAUCCAAAACCCACCCAGUUGGAUUAACCUUUGAGUUUACACCAAUCCAUACAUAAAUUUUGGUAAUUUGAUACGUACGUUUUGGUGGGUCUUUAUCCAAUUUGGAAGGUAUUGUUGGUGUUGCUCAAAUGGUAGCCGGAAUUUGAGGAAUCUGGGAGAACCCAUUUGGGAGGAGGAAGAGAAAAUGGGCUGGAAGAGUCGGUUGCAGGAGAUAGCUAACUCCAAGCCGCUGUUUCUGACGAUCUACGCCACCGUCAUCAUCGGAAUUUUGUUCUCCUUCGUGUAUGUCUUCUCCGCCGUUUACUCCGGCAACUCCUCCUCUGCUCCCUCCUCCUGGUGGCUCCCUCAAUCUUCUUCCGACUCUCCAUCCGCUGCUCAACAGCCAACUGUGGGUGAAGCGCUGCCACCUGCACAACAGGCUCAAAGCAAAUGGAUGAAACCUAUUUGGGAAGUUCCUCCUUCUGGUUCAAAAAUGCCACCUCUGAAGACCUUUCAGUUGACAAAAGAACUGGUUCAGCAAAGGGUGAGAGAUAACGUUGUCGUAGUGACAUUUGGUAACUAUGCCUUCAUGGACUUUAUCCUGACAUGGGUCAAACACCUGACAGAUAUUGGCGUAGACAAUCUUCUUGUCGGUGCAAUGGACACUAAACUGUUAGAGGCUUUGUACUGGAAAGGAAUUCCAGUUUUUGACAUGGGUAGCCAUAUGAGCACUAUAGAUGUUGGAUGGGGCUCUCCAACAUUUCACAAAAUGGGGAGAGAAAAAGUUAUGCUAAUAGAUUCUGUUCUACCAUUUGGCUAUGAACUCUUGAUGUGUGAUACAGACAUGGUCUGGUUAAAGAACCCCCUUCCCUAUCUAUCACGAUUUCCUGAAGCAGAUGUGUUAACUUCAACAGAUUCAGUUGUUCCAACGGUUGCUGAUGACAGGUUGGACGUCUGGCAACAAGUUGGUGCGGCAUUCAAUAUAGGAAUUUUCCACUGGAGGCCGACAGAUUCUGCAAAAAAAUUGGCAAAAGAAUGGAAAGAACUGCUUCUUGCUGAUGACAAAAUAUGGGAUCAAAAUGGUUUUAAUGAACUUGUACACAGGCAAUUGGGGCCAUCUGUCGAUGACGAUACUGGACUUGUAUAUGCUUAUGAUGGCAGCCUCAAGUUAGGGCUUCUGCCAGCAAGUUUAUUUUGCAGUGGGCAUACUUAUUUUGUCCAGGCAAUGUAUCAACAACUCAGAUUGGAGCCAUAUGCCGUGCAUACCACAUUCCAAUUUGCAGGAACUGAAGGAAAGCGUCAUCGACUACGUGAAGGCAUGGUAUUUUAUGACCCACCGGAAUAUUAUGACUCACCAGGAGGUUUCUUGACGUUUAAGCCAUCAAUUCCGAAGAGUUUGUUACUGGACGGGGAGCAUAAUGUUGCGUCACAUUUUUCACUUGUUAAUUACCAAAUAAAGCAAAUAAGGACAGCUCUUGCUAUUGCAUCUUUGCUGAAUCGCAUUCUGGUCAUGCCUCCCCUAUGGUGCAGGUUGGAUAGAUUAUGGUUUGGACAUCCUGGAGUUCUGGCGGGCUCUAUGACGAGACAACCUUUUCUCUGCCCUUUGGAUCAUGUGUUUGAGGUGAAUGUCAUGUUGAAAGAACUGCCUAAGGGGGAAUUUGGACCCGGGAUCAAUAUACGGGAGUAUUCUUUCCUCGACAAUCCAGCAGUACCCAGACAGGUCAAGGAGUCAUGGCUUGAUGUACAACUUUGUCAAGCCGGAUCCCAAAAUUGUCAGGUAUCAAACAGUACAAGCCGACCUGGGGUGCUUAAAUUACCCAAACUCAGCAAUGAAGAAACGUUGAAAACGGCCUUCUCCUCAUUCAAGGAUGUCAAAGUCAUUCAAUUCUCGUCAAUGCAGGAUGCCUUCCUAGGAUUCACUGACAAGAAAAGGGAGGAGAAGUUCAGGAAUCGCAUGAAGAGAUACGUAGGUAUAUGGUGUUGUGUGGAAAAUCACACUCCCGGCCACAUAUAUUACGACAUGUAUUGGGAUGAGAAACCUGAUUGGAAACCAACUCCUCCCCAAACUCGCGAAGAUGAUCAUCCGCCCUGGUGAGACCUUUCGCUUUUUCUGUUUGUCGUUUUACAUACGAAGCAGUGGAGGCACGCCGGAGGGGCAAAAUUUCUGAAGCUGCUCUUUGCUAAACCCACAAUGUGAAAACCAACAGAGCUGUACCCAUAGUCACAGAUGAGUGUAUUUGAAAUCUCUAGGCAUGACUGUAUAAUGUAACUUUGAAAAAUGGAGUUGUAGCUCUUGUAUACCAGUAGUAGAGCAAUUUUGUUUUUUUUUAUAUACAUUUGAAAUGCAAAUUGACCAGAGGGAAAAAAAAUUCGUCUCAAGGUGAAAGGAAUAAAUUUGCUCUCUUUAAAUUUCUA